CCCCGGACCCGUCACGUGAUUUGGCCGGAGUUGUUCCGAGGCUACAGGGAAACACAGCUACGGAGGAACGCGUUUAUCUCGUCUUAAAGAUGGAUCUCUUGGCAGACGUCGCCUUGUUGCCAGGCGAAGAGAGAGUCACCGACAAGGAGCUCAUCUACAUCUGUCCCUUCAACGGUGCUCUGAAAGGAAAGGUCUUCAUCACCAACUACAGACUCUUCUUCAAGAGCACAGAGGCAGAGGCGUUGACCCUGGACGUCCCGCUGGGGGUCAUCAGUCGGGUGGAGAAGAUGGGCGGAGCCUCCAGCAGAGGAGAGAACUCAUACGGUCUGGACAUCACCUGCAAGGACAUGAGGAGCCUCCGGUUCGCCCUGAAACAAGAAGGACACAGUAGACGAGAUAUCUUCGAGAUCCUGUCAAAAUACGCCUUCCCUCUGUCACACAGCCAGCCGCUGUUCUCCUACCUGAGCCAGGAGAAGUACGAGGAGAACGGCUGGAGCAUCUACAAACCCUUAGAAGAGUUCAGACGCCAGGGCCUGCCUAAUGAAAGGUGGCGAAUCACCUUCAUCAACAAGAACUACGAGCUGUGUGACACCUACCCCACCAUCCUGGCCGUGCCAUACCGGGCCAGUGAGGAGGACCUGAGGAGGGUGGCCGCCUUCAGGUCCAGGGGCCGCAUCCCGGUGCUGUCGUGGAUCCAGAGGGACAACCAGGCCGCCAUCGCCCGCUGCAGCCAGCCUCUGGUGGGCAUGUCAGGCAAGAGGAACAAGGACGACGAGCGCUACCUGGAGCUCCUGCGCGAGACUAACGGCACGCCCAAGCUCACCAUCUUCGAUGCUCGGCCCAGUGUCAACGCUGUGGCCAACAAGGCUACAGGGGGCGGCUAUGAGGGAGAUGAAUACCAGAAUGCAGAACUCAUCUUCCUGGACAUCCACAACAUCCACGUGAUGCGGGAGUCCCUGAAGAAGCUCCGGGACAUCGUGUACCCCACGGUGGAGGAGUCCCACUGGCUGUCCAGCCUGGAGUCCACCCACUGGCUGGAGCACAUCAAGCUGGUGUUAGCGGGAGCUAUCCGUGUAGCAGACAAGGUGUCGGGAGGGAAGUCUGUGGUCCUGCACUGCAGCGACGGCUGGGACCGCACGGCCCAGCUCAGCUCCCUGGCCAUGCUCAUGUUGGACAGCCACUACCGCACUCUCAGGGGAUUCGAGGUACUGAUUGAGAAGGAAUGGCUAAGUUUUGGCCACAAGUUUGCCUCAAGAAUAGGUCACGGAGACAAGAACCAUGCGGACCAGGACCGCUCGCCCAUCUUCGUUCAGUUCAUCGACUGCGUGUGGCAGAUGACCAAACAGUUCCCCACAGCCUUCGAGUUCAACGAGCGGCUGUUGGCCACCGUCCUGGAGCACCUCUACAGCUGUCGCUUCGGGACCUUCCUGUUCAACUGUGAGAGCAUGCGGGAACUCAACGAGGUGCGCUCCAAGACGGUGUCUCUGUGGUCGUACGUCCACAGCAGCAGCACUCGCUACCUGAACCCCUUCUACACGCCUGAGUCGGGCCGCGUGCUCUACCCCGUGGCCAGCAUGCGCCACCUGGAGCUCUGGGUGUCCUACUACAUCCGCUGGAACCCCCGCAUCCGCCAGCAGCAGAGUCCGGUGGAGCAGCGCUACAAGGAGCUGCUGGUGUUGAGGGACGAGUACCUGAGGAAGCUGGAGGAGCUCAGCCCCUCUCCUCCCUCCGCCCACAUGACCUCCCCCGCCCCGCCCGGCCCGGCCCCCACCACCCAGCAGUUCACCCAUCUGCACACCCCCUUCUAGGCCCCGCCUCCACCCUGCCUCCGCCCCUUCUGGGCCCCGCCUCCAGCCCUUCUGGCCCCGCCUCCACCCCAGGCCUAGGCUCCGCCCCUUCUGCCCUGCACUCUAGUGCCCACCUUACACACGCACACACAUGCACACACACGCAGAAUGCCAUUUGGGUCAAUAUUAAAAAUGCAAUUAGGAAAUAAGUAAUCGGCUGAAAAAUAGAUAUGUAUAUAAAUGUAAAAAAAUUUAAACUUGGAAUAACAUCAUUAAAUAUAUUUUCAUCUUUAUAUUUUUUACAAUAGUAGCAGUGUUUGUUUUGAGUUUUAUUAAAAAAUAUAUAUUUUUAUGCUUAAUAUGAUGGAGUCACCUGAUGCUCACAUGGUCACGAUGGUCCCUGGUCACGAUGGUCCAUGAUGGUCCCUGGUCAUGAUGGUCCCUGGUCACGAUGGUCCAUGAUGGUCCCUGGUCUCGAUGGUCUCUGGUUACGAUGGUCCCUGGUCUCAAUGGUCCAUGAUGGUCACUGGACACGAUGGUCCCUGGUCUCGAUGGUCCCUGGUCACGAUGGUCCCUGGUCACGAUGGUCCAUGAUGGUCCCUGGUCUCGAUGGUCCUUGGUCUAUCGAUGGUCCCUGGCCUCGAUGGUCCCUGGUCACGAUGGUCCCUGGUCACGAUGGUCCAUGAUGGUCACGAUGGUCCCUGGUCUUGAUGGUCCAUGAUGGUCCCUGGUCUCGAUGGUCCCUGGUCUCGAUGGUUCCUGGUGGUGUUUGACGCUCCACAGAGGGGUUGGGUCCUCCAGGUGUUUCUUACCCUCUCACCUCCAGGACCAACGCACCAGGUCUUAAAGAUCUGUUUUGAAUUCUUCAUUUAAUGUUGGCUUUACUGACUAACAACGAUCAAAAAUAUCUCAAUCAAUAUGUUUAGAUGGUAAGAUUAAAAGUCUUCAAAGAGAUCAAAUAGUUUAGAAAGUGUAAUCUGUGAAUCAGAAUAAAGGUCUCAGUAGAAUCUUAAUCAACACAGUUUAACUGUGGAUAAACUGUCAUAUAAUUACUGUUUUCAAUUUCAGUAGGACAUAUUUAUUAUUUACACAAAUGGCAUUUCAUACAAACACAAUCCUAGAAUAAAAUGUAUAUAGCCUAUAUUUGUGGAUAACCUAAUAUGGUAUUUGAUCAGCUCCUCUAUUAGAUUAUACCUAAUGAUGGAGAUUAUUAUGCAAAGACUCUCAGCCUUCACUUUUAACUCAACAGAGUACUGCCUUAUGGGAGGGCAUCGUCUGGCCAAUCAGAGCCGUGUGUGUGUGUGUGUGUGUGUGUGUGUGUGUGUGUGUGUGUGUGUGUGUGUGUGUGUGUGUGUGUGUGUGUGUGUGUGUGUGUGUGUGUGUGUGUGUGUGUGUGUGUGUGUGUGUGACUGACUGCUUGUGUGCUGAGCUCUUUUAGUGUGUGUGACUGACUGCUUGUGUACUGCUAUGUCUAAAUUAGGGGAAUAGUAUGGGAUGUUUUGCUUCUAAUAGUGUUCAGGGAAUGUUGUUUUUUGUUGAGUACAAAGAAAGUUAAAGUUUAGUGUUGGACUUAACUUUUAUUGUUCAUAUUUAUAUUUCUCUAAAUCGAUGUGUUCACAAACUGAAUCAUUCUCUGUAAAUGAUGAACAUCUGACGAUGAGCUGUGGAGCUCAAAAUAACCUGGUUAACAAUUAGAUUCUUCAGAAACGCCAUAUAUAUAUAUAUAUAUAUAUAUAUAUAUAAGCAUAGAAGGUAGAGAAAAUAAUGAAACUCCUGUGAGUUGGUUGGUGACUGCUCUAAUUUAAUUAGUACUUAAUUAGACCUUUUGAAGGACUUUUGUAAUUAAAUUACAAAUGUUCCCAUCUUUCACUAUAAGGGAAAAAAUAGAUCAUCCUUCAGGAUAAUGUGAGAAUCAGAUCAUUCAGUUUAAUCUGAAUCCAUGUCUAUCAUCUGAUUCUAACAUGAGGGUCAGAUAGUUAUUUGCAGGGCGAAGAAAGAUUACCAUUUUGUAAUUUAUGUUUUAUAUUUGGAUGUAAUUGUUUUAAAAAUGCUAAUACAUAUUUUGGACUAUAUUGGAUUAUAUACACUUUAUUUAAAAUUAUUUGUGAUUUUCUACUGAUUUCCUUAUUCAUCUUGCUGUGUGUGUGUGUGUGUGUGUGUGUGUGUGUGUGUGUGUGUGUGUGUGUGUGUGUGUGUGUGUGUGUGUGUGUGUGUGUGUGUGUGUGUGUGUGUGUGUGUGUGUGUGUGUGUGUGGUUACUGUAGAAAUUUGGGAAAUCGUAUCAUUUCCAUUUGUAAUGGGGGAAUAACAAUGUAUAUUUUCUGGGUAUUACCUGCAUACUGUACACGAGCACCUCAAAGGACCGCCCCCUGGUGGACUGGAGUCAGAGAGAUUGUAAUUUGCCUCCUUCUCAAAUUCCCAAGAGUAUUUUUAUACCUUCUCUGGUUCAGUCCGCUAAAACAGCCUUUAUGAAAUUAGCCCCCACACAGACCUCAGCUAUGGUUUAUAGUUAUGGUUCAUAGCUAUGGUAUUUAAUUAUGGUUCACAGAUAUAAAAGGGUUCUCUAAGUUCUACAGGGGUUUGAUCUCACUCACCCCUCGGUUUGUCCCCAGGAUCUCUGGCUCUGAUGGGUUACAGGGCUCCGUAACCGUCUAGUGGUUAGCCAUGUUUACUGCUAACCAGUCGUCGUUGAAGAGGUUUACCCAGACUCCCUGGCCCAGUGCUCAGCCUGUUGAAGCACUCCUUCCGCUCUUUAAAGGGACCCUUUUCUAUCCAAACAGCAGCCGUCGGUAGAGGGGCCCAACACACAAGUGUUACAGGGAGAUCAGAAUCUAUUCUGUGUAUCUUUUACUUUGUACAAAGUAACAAUUUUGUAAUUACCUCAAACUCAUUUUUACUGUCUAAGUUCAAUUACUGUAAAAUAUUAUUUCACUUAGUGUAACAUUUGACCGAAAGAAAAUAAAGUAAUGAAAUGUCA